ACCGCGGUGCGAGAUCUCGCGUCGCCAACGAUUAUAUAACGAAGCUGCCAGCCUUCUGAGCUCUCUCACGUUCUCUUCUCGGACGCCAAUUUCAUUCCUCGCGCGAUUAUUCUUAUUCUGUCUGCGCUGCAGGAUUAGCUACUGUGAUUCGGAGGCCACUGGAAAAGGGGAAAAAUGGUUAAGAUUUGCUGCAUCGGAGCAGGGUACGUAGGAGGCCCUACCAUGGCUGUGAUAGCACUCAAAUGUCCCAAAAUUGAAGUCGCAGUUGUCGACAUCUCUGUUCCUCGUAUCAGUGCCUGGAACAGUGAUCAGCUUCCCAUCUACGAGCCAGGCCUUGAUGAUGUCGUGAAGAAAUGUCGCGGCAAGAACUUAUUCUUCAGCACAGACGUGGAGAAACAUGUCUCUGAAGCCGACAUUGUCUUCGUCUCCGUCAACACCCCAACCAAGACCCGAGGUCUCGGAGCUGGCAAAGCCGCAGAUUUAACCUACUGGGAGAGCGCUGCCCGCAUGAUCGCCGAUGUCUCUAAAUCCGACAAGAUUGUUGUCGAAAAAUCCACCGUCCCCGUGAAAACAGCCGAGGCCAUCGAAAAGAUCCUGACCCACAACAGCAAGGGAAUCAACUACCAAAUCCUCUCCAAUCCGGAAUUCCUCGCUGAGGGGACAGCCAUCGACGAUCUUUUCACCCCCGAUAGAGUCCUCAUCGGAGGCCGGGAAACCCCGGGCGGCCAUAAGGCUGUUCAAGCACUGAAGGAGGUCUACGCCAACUGGGUUCCGGAGGAUCGAAUCCUCACCACCAAUUUAUGGUCUGCCGAGCUCUCGAAGCUCGCCGCAAACGCAUUCCUUGCCCAACGAAUCUCAUCCGUCAACGCCAUGUCCGCUCUCUGCGAGGCCACCGGCGCAGACGUCUCCCAAGUCGCCUACGCUGUCGGCAAAGACACCAGAAUCGGCCCCAAGUUCCUCAACGCCAGCGUCGGCUUCGGGGGGUCGUGCUUCCAGAAGGACAUCCUCAAUCUAGUCUACAUCUGCGAGUGCAACGGCUUACCCGAAGUCGCUGAAUACUGGAAACAGGUCAUCAAGAUCAACGACUACCAAAAGAGCCGAUUCGUCAACCGCGUCGUCGCCUCCAUGUUCAACACCGUCGCCAACAAGAAAGUCGCAAUCCUCGGGUUCGCCUUCAAGAAGGACACCGGCGACACUAGAGAAACUCCCGCCAUCGACGUCUGCCAAGGAUUGCUCGGCGAUAAGGCCCAGCUGAGCAUCUACGAUCCUCAGGUCACUGAGGAUCAAAUCCAGCGGGACCUGUCGAUGAAGAAAUUCGAUUGGGACCACCCGCUCCACCUCCAGCCGAUAAGUCCCACUUCGGUUAAGAAAGUUCAGUGUGUCUGGGACGCGUACGAAGCGACCAAAGGCGCGCACGCUGUCUGCAUUUUAACUGAAUGGGACGAGUUCCGGAAGCUCGACUUCAAGAAGAUUUACGACAAUAUGCAGAAACCGGCAUUCGUUUUCGACGGUCGGAAUGUUGUGGAUGUGAAGAAGCUUAGGGAGAUGGGUUUCAUUGUGUACUCAAUUGGCAAGCCGCUGGAUGCUUGGCUUAAGGACAUGCCUGCCGUCGCAUAGAUGCAAAACUUGAUCGCGCCGGAGGGUUGCCGGGCACGUAUUUUUACACUAUUCUUUUUUGAUUCGUUAUUGCCAUUUUUAUUGAGUUUAUUGUUCUGUGGGUAGAAGUUGAGGACGAUGAUGAUGAUGAUUGCGUUUUCAUUUUAGCGUUUUGUUUUGCAUUCUUCAGGAACCUUGUUUGCUGUUGUAAGCUUAUGAGUUUGUAAUAAAAUUUACUAAAUGCAUGCUUCAUUAUUAUUAUUAUUAAUUGCAAUAAGAG